AGUGACAGCAGUGUUGUCGCCUUACACCUCCCAUCGCCUCCUAUCGUGGCAGACAGACACCCUUCGGCCCGCCGUAGCCAUGACACCCCAGGGGGCCCUAGACUCCCCGUCCAGCCCCAAGCACAAGUGAUGAAUUGAGGGCCGUACGGUGGUGUCUGUGGACCUGUGUCGGGGCCCGGAGAGUCUGCUCUCUGCUGAGGAUGGGAAACCUGAUUAAAGGGGCUGCCAAGGAGGCCAACGAAGAGGAGCCAGACAUCACACACAAAGGUUUGGGGGGGGAGGUGCUGGUGGUGACAGGCGACUACCCCUCGCCUCUGGUCAGCAAGCCCAUCUUCAGGAUGGGAGAGAAGCUGACAGUGCUCGCACAAGAGGCUUCCUGGUGGAGAGUCCGCUCUGUCCGAACACGAACUGAGAACUACAUCCCCAACACUCAUGUUGCCAAAGUGUACCAUGGCUGGCUGUUCGAGGGGCUGGAGAGGCAGAAGGCAGAGGCCCUCCUGCAGAUGCCCUGCAACGUGCUGGGCUCCUUCCUGGUGCGGGAGAGCACCAGCGAUAGAGGUGUGUAUUCGCUGUCUGUGAAGCACAGGGGCGUGCAACACUACCGCAUCUGUCGCAUGGACAACAGCUGGUACUACAUCUCCCCUCGGCUCACCUUCCAGUGCCUGGAAGAUAUGAUCUCCCACUACUCUGACUGUGCAGACGGCCUGUGCUGUACCUUAUCCUGCCCCUGUCUGUCUGGGACCUCAGCAGAGCAGCCAAACACAGCUCCCCCGGUGGUGAUGCGCCGCAACUUCAACUGGAAGGACGUUGACAGGCGUACUUUCCAUGAGGACGCUGACGGCGUUGGCACGGCGAUGAGCUACGGCGUGAGGAACAGCAUGGCCGCCUACAUGUCCCUGUCCGGCGCUCUGGAAGGCGGCAGCCAGAAGAGGAAGAACCGCAACAAGAAGAGCAAAUCUGUGUUAGUGCCGAGCUGGGACUACGACCCAGACGAUGUCUAGAGGGCCCGGCCUGGCGUCGGCGCGUUGAUCCACGAACAAUCGAUACAUUUGAAAAGAACAAUGAUUGACAGGUCUGAAGGCUGGGUCUGUCUGUUGCUGUGGACCUCCCAGGUACUCCCCAUACACUUUCGUUGUCAUUGCAUUGUAUAUGCAUUAAUGUUACAUGAGACAGUAUAACAUGGUCCAGAUAGAGUUAUACUGGACAGUGGACUGGAUUUGUGCACAGGUAGUGAAUUUUCAAACUUCUUUCUCUGUCUUGCUCUUAUAAAUACAUCAAAAUGAACAGUUUUCAUGUUUGUGGCUGUUGAUGACAGAGUUAUAUUAUCUCUGAGAUGAACGACUGCGAGAAGCUAGGUGUAGAAUAACUGAUUAUUAUUAAAUCAUUAUCAUAAUUUAUGA